UAGUCUGUAUUUCGCCUUCCAUGAUGGUGUUCAUAACUCUCCUUCAUGACUGCAAAGGAAUCGCGCCUUUCUCUCAAUAAUUUCUUUUCAAAUCCGACCCAUCAGAUAACCCUUCGUACCUACGCUCUUGCAAUCUCCCUCUCACUUGGUCCCGCCCUUACCCCCUUCGUUUCGUCUCUCUUUCGUUCCAAGCAAUCGUCAAAAUACAAUAAGAAGGCCCUCAAGGCACUUUUACGGCAGGAGUUGGGUUUUGGUGGAUUUGCCUUUGCCAUCACACUCGCCGUGGGUGCUGGUGCGACCGUGAGGCACCUAUGGACAGGCUUUGAUGAGAUCGACAGCAAAUACACCAAGAUUGCGAAGGAAAAGCUGGCCUAUUCCAACUUAACAUCUGCCCAAAAAACCUUCAUUUCAUAUGCAUUGUCAUCUGCAAUCGGUAUACACCUUCUACAGAAAGGCCGUAGACGCUCCAAUGCCCAGAAUAGUAUGCCUUCACGCACUCUGGACCUAACACUUCUGCUGUUCGUCAGAGCCGUUGACGCUCCUGUACAGUCCUUCGUUUACAAGCGGUCUUCUCGUGUUCGUGUCAGAGAACGGUCCGUCGACGUUGAGCAUCGACCCGACUUGCUUAGACAACGCCUGCUGCGCGAGAAGCAUCAGACAACCAGGGGUGAUAUUCGUGGGCUUACGGCAAGGAUCGAUGCACUUGUUUUCUGGGCGUGCAGUGCCAGAAUCAUGUGGUGUUUCUUUUACCAACCGGAGAGGUUACCGCGUUCCUAUGUCAAAUGGAUCAAUGCCCUCGCCAAUGUGGAUGCCCGAUUACUCAGAGCAUUGAGGCUGAUCUAUGAGGGCAAGUGGUCGUAUACUCGGGGAUACAUUUCAAGCCCUGCCAUAUUGGAGACAUAUGCGAAUGAUCUUGGUUACCCUGCUGCUUGGGGGAGCCCCUCUGCACUCCCCUCCAUUGGCGGUCAGAAAGCCGACAUCAUCUGGAAUAAAUUGGGCGUGACGAGUCGCCCAGGAGUCGGUGGUCUUCCAUGUGAGCUUGUACAUGGAGGAGUGGGAUCUCAAAUCGGCUUGGCUGGAAACUGCACAGCAAACGCGGGACUCAGAGCAGUGAAAGCGCUUGCCCAGUCUAUGGCGAUCUAUCUUCCAGUACAUUUCUUCCCCGUCCUUCUGACACGUCCAACAUCUUUGCUCCGGCCUCAUCGUGUCGUCGCCACUUUCUUAAGCGCAUUCAGAAGUGCUUCUUUUCUCACUGCCUUUAUCGCAUCAUAUUGGUACGCAGUAUGUCUGACGCGUUCCCUCUUUUUGGCGCGCGCUUUCUCUUUCGUGUCUCAUGAUUUCUGGGACGGACCGUAUGGCUGUAUUUUGGCUGGUUGUCUGUCGUGUGGAAGUAGUAUCUGGAUAGAAAACGGCCGUAGAAGGGGUGAGAUGACCCUUUAUGUCCUGCCUCGAGCAAUUCGAACCAUUCUGCCUGACAAAUGGAUUCGAAGUGGUAAUCGAGGUGUUCUAGCAGCUGAACGCCUCGCGUUUGUCCUCUCGUUAUCAUCGCUUGUUACCACGGCUAUUCAUCGUACCGAUUCUUUACGCGGUCUUUCUCGGUGGACUCUCGCGUUCAUAAUGAACGGGCCUGAUACCGGAUUCUGGAAGGGGCGAAGAUCCUUUGACCCAAGUAUUCCAACAACCCCUGAUUCUCUAGUGUCGGAUGUAGAACGAUAGAUAGUUCGUACAUUCAUGAAACGUUUGCUCGGCUCUAGUGUUGUAGAAUGCAUGGUACCAUGAGGUGUGAUUGGUGCGGUGGGAUAUUACAAUGUACUAAAAAUUAU